AUGCUGCUCAGCACCUUGGUGAUCGCCGCCUGCGCAUGUGCAGAAGCAACGCGCGCUGCAGCAGCCGCCCUCUCCUCCUCCACCGCAUCCGUGUACCCGCUAGACCUGCACGGCAAGUUCCCAUCCGCCGAGACGAUCGCCGCGAAUGCAAGCCAAGGCCUCGACGCGACAGCACUCGGCAGCACCAGCAGCAGCAACCUCAUAUCUAAUCACACGCGCUUUCUCCCGCGUGACCGCACGGUCCUGGCGUACGUCACGCCGUGGAACCAGCCGCAGGGGCGCGAGAACACCGAGCACUACCGCGGCAAGCUUGAUAUUGUGGCGCCAGCCUGGUACACUGUGCACGUCGUGCCGGAAACCGAGCAGGCGCAGCACGCCGCGUUCGAAUCCACCGGCGCCACCGGCGGCGAGUAUGACGUCCGCGGCGGCAUCCCGAGCGAUGAGGAUCGCGCCUGGGUACACAGGCUUCGCGCGCCGGCGCGUGCCUCCUCUCCCGUGCCCGGAGCAGCGGACGUCAAGCUGCCGCCGCUGCUCGUUACGCCGCGCUUCCAGCUCGAAGCAUGGACCGAGCGCGACUUUCAGGCGUUGCGCAGCGAUCCCCUGCGCUGGAUCUCGCUGAUCGGCCAGAUCAUGAUGAAGAUGAAGGACGGACCGUUCGACGGUGCCGUCUUCGAGAGCGCUGCCAGCUGGGCUCUCCCUGAGUUCAUCGAGCAUCUCGGCAAGAGCUUCGCCUCCAACAAUCUUACCCUCACCGUCGUCUAUCCGCCGCUGCGCACCGACGGCGCAGCCGGCAAUGCGAACGUCACUCGCACCGCCGAGCUGCUCGCGCAGGCCAUCCACACCGCAGCGCAAAAGGUGCAGUACGUACAGAUCAUGACGUACGACCACACGGGCCCCACCGGCCGCAUGCUCGACAUGGACAAGCUUGGCCUCGCGGACGAGAACCCGCUUCGCCAGGACGCGGAGGCGAGCCGUAUGCGCACGUACGGCCCCAAUCUGCCACUGGAGUUUCUCCAAAGCAACAUCGACCUGUUGGCUAAGUUAUCCCUCGAUGAUGGGCCGCUGCCAGGCGUCGGGUCCGGAUGGAAAGAUCUCAAUGGAGCAGCAGCCGACAACUUUAACGCGUCUGCGCCGUCGUUUGCUUCCAAAUUCCUCAUGGGCGUGCCCUGCUACGGCUACAGCUACUCGCUUAUCUUCCUCAACUCCAAGACCGCCGAUGGGAUCCCGCGCGUACCGACGGCGUCGCCGCCAAGAGCGCGCGCGCACCUGCCCGAGGCACAGGCCAAGGCGCGCGAGCAAGGUCUGCGCAAGGAGGCGGGCAAGUUUGCUCUGUUGCGCAGGGCCGGCAGCGCGCUCAAGCACGCCGACCUGCAUGCGCUGAUGCUUGCCUCGCGCCCGCUCAUCUACCUCGACGACGACAGCGCCGAGAUGCGCUUCGACUACAUCAGCGCCAACGGCGAUGACUCCAAGAUCAACGACGGCCGCCGCGAGGGCAUCUUCAAUCGCGCCUUUAUGCCCAGCGCCUACACGAUGAUCAGGCGCAGGGAGAUCAUCGAACAGGGCGACGUUGGCGCCGCUCUGUGGGACAUCGGCCAGGCGGGACCGUGGCUACUGCACGCGUUGUAA